AUGGAAAAGAUUAGGAAUAAGCUGGGAUUUGAUCAAAGUUUUGUGGUUGACAGUAUAGGCAAGAGUGGUGGACUGGCACUACUUUGGAAAAAUGAAGUAAAGGCUCAGCUGACCUCCUACUCUAGGAGUCACAUUGCAGUAACCAUAACACCUGAGUAUGGUGGACAACCUUGGCUGUUGUCAGGUUUCUAUGGGAAUCCAUCAGCUGAGAAAAGGAAAGGGAGUUGGCAGUUGUUGAGAAUGUUAAAGCCAGAGAACCAUACCCCAUGGCUGUGCAUGGGGGACUUCAAUGAAAUCCUCAGUAUGGCUAAGAAGUCAAGGGCUGCUUAUAGUCCUUUCUCUCAAAUGGAAAGGUUUAGGGAAGCUUUAGAUGCCUGUGAGCUUAGUGACCUGGGCUAUAUAGGCUCGAAGUUCACAUGGAGCAACAAAAGAGAUGGAGGCAGUUUCACUAAAGAAAGGUUGGAUCGAGCUUUGGGAAAUGCAACUUGUCCUUUACUCUACAGCAAUUGGGAAGUUCAUGUUCUACCUGUCAUAAAUUCUGAUCACUCCCCUUUGUUUCUGGUAUGUGACAAUGGGGCAGGUAUGCUGAGGAAGGAGCAUAAGCUGUUUAGGUAUGAAGCCAGCUGGUCCAAAAGGGAAGGGUGCAAGGAUACAGUCGAAAGAGCCUGGAUGACAGACUCCUAUAGGGGCCAUUCCCUAAGCUCCAUCAAAACUGGCAUGGCUAGAUGCAGACAUCAACUGAGAAGCUGGCAGAAGACAAGUGCAGGUAUUGAAGAGGCACUACAAGGUAUGGAGCCUAUGGUGACACUAGAGAUGAACAGAAAUUUACUAGCUGAAUGCACGUUUGAGGAAGUUAAAAAUGCUGUGUUUGAGAUGCAACCUCUGAGUUCCCCAGGCCCUGAUGGAUUUUGUGCCGGUUUUUAUCAAGACAACUGGACUAUAGUAGGAGACAAGGUGUUCUCAACAGUGAAGGACUUCUUCUCAACCAGGUCAGGAACAGGUGAGGUAAAUGAUACUUACAUUGUUUCAAUUCCCAAGAAGAAGUGUCCUGACUUAGUUACUGAGUAUAGGCCUAUAAGCCUCUGUAAUGUCCUAUAUAAAAUCGUUGCCAAGGUUUUAGCAAACAGGUUAAAAGCCUUUCUGCCAUCCAUCAUUGCACCAGCACAAAGUGCUUUUGUAAUAGGUCGUUUGAUUUCAGAUAAUAUCAUAGUGGCAUACGAGGCCAUACACUCAAUGCAGUAUAGGAUGAGGAGCAAAAAAGAAGGGUAUAUGGCCUUGAAAUUGGACAUGAGCAAGGCCUAUGACAGAAUAGAGUGGGCUUUCUUGCAAGCUGUCUUGAGAAAGAUGGGAUUUGCAGAAGCAUGGACUAAGCUUAUUAUGGAGCGUGUGACUUCAGUGAGAGGACUGAGGCAAGGGGAACCCCUAUCCCCUUACCUCUUUAUCCUAUGCUUUGAAGUUCUUGGUGGAAUGCUUGACAAGGCUAAAGAGAAAGGACUAGUAUCUAGGUUUCCAUUUGCCAGGGGCUCUUUAUUGGUUAACCACCUCUUUUUUGCAGAUGAUAGCUUGCUCUUCUGCAGAGCCAAUGCGCUGGAAUGGAAUAGAUUAAUCAAGGUCUUGAACUCAUAUGAAAAUGCAUCUGGCCAGAGGUUAAACAUGGACAAAACAUCAAUUUACUUCAGCAAGAACACCAGUCCUAUCAAUAAAGAAACCAUUCUUGCUGCAGCUCAAGUGAAGGAAGCAAAGGCUUUUGAGAAGUACCUAGGCCUUCCCUCGUAUGUGGGAAGACAUCAACUAGCAGCAUUCAGGCCCAUACUGGACUCUAUUAGAAACAAGAUCUAG